AAGGCGGUGUGGGAAUUUCUCCCUACUUUCGUCUCGUGAACGCCAAUCGCCACAAUCCUCAAAAGCCAGAUCUCUGGUUACAUACGACCCGAUUCGAGAUUCGAGAUUCGACAAUGGCUUCCAUCUACUGCUGCAAAGAAUGCGGUGCAAACCUAAACCUGAGCACCGCCCACCUCUUCCCGCCGGACUUCUACUUCGAGGCGGGUAACAAAGACACCCUUUCCUUCGCUUCCAUCGACGCUACCAAAUUCAAACUCGAGAAAGAGGACAAGAUCAUGCCCUUCUUCGAAACUGUCAAUUAUUGGGGAAUCCAGCGGAAAAGGACCAAGAUAAAGUGCACUAGUUGCGGAAAAUUGGUGGGUUAUGUGUAUGAUGACGGACCUCCCCUCACAGACAGUCCCGGGCAGUUCCAUUUUGGCCCUAGCCAGGUUAUCCCCAGGGCUCCUAGGUAUAGGUUCAAGAUCAAGGCGCUUCGAAUCACCUCAGAAACUUAAGGUUCUGCGAUUAUGGUUUCUGGGUUUGUAAUUAGUUGUUAUGGGUAUGAUUCAUACCUUGUUUUGGGAAUCAAAGUUUUAUGCUUUAUAUAGAUGCAGGUACUUUUUGUAAAUUUCAUCUGAAUUUAUGAUAAUAAAGGUUUACCCUUUCG